UCCCGUUUAUUAUCGGCAGAGGUCGCAUGGCAGAGGGAAGUCCAACCACUUCUGUACUGGAACCAAUGCAAGAAUAUGCACCUCCAUAACAAAGCCUGUAUGGAUUCCUGAGAGCAGUGAGAAAACAGAGGCUGCACAUGUAGGCAAUGGGCUGCUGUUCAGCCGUAGAAAAAAAAUCUAAAAAAGAGAGGACCUAAGUUGGAGGUUUGCUUUUAUUUGUUCUGGAACAACGGGAUAGUUUUGCCAACACGUGUGUAUCCAUGAAAUUUGUUCUCUCCGUUUUGAGUGAGUGAGUGAGUGUUUCGCAUCCUGGUGCGGGGCUCUGGAGAGGACUGCGCAUCAUCAGAGUUGGUGCCGAAGUUCGGCCGCGAACGGAUGUGAGGGAAGAGUGUACAGAGUAAAACUCCCCCACUUCUUUUUUGUCUCUCCUGCUUCGGCGUUGUGUUUGCUGAGACAAUAGUGAGUCAAAGACGCUGAAAGUGAUUUCAUGCCUUCAGUCUCGCACAACCUGAGAUGGACGUGAGAUUUUACCCUGCGCCCCCGGCAAAUGUGGGUUCAUGCUCCCUACCGACUGAUCCAAGUUGUCUGAGCUCGUUGGACUAUUACCACUCGAACAAGGCCCGGUACAGUGUGGGUGAACGAGGGGUUAGGCUCCACACUGCCCACCCUCCAGGCAUCAAUCCAGCUAGGAAAAGACUGCCCACUGCUGUGUUUGAUGGUGACAACAUGUACAUGAAUGACAAUAACCAAGAGUUUCGGUCACCAAACCAGAACUACUCCGGUCAAGGCAGAGGCAGCAGUGGCGGAGGAGGAGGAGCAGGGGAUGAAGACUACGAGAUCCCCCCCAUCACACCCCCCAACCAUGCCGACCCCUCUCUGCUGCACCUCAUGGAGCACGAGUCAGGUUACCCCUUCCACUCCCUGCCUCACAACGGCCUGCUCAACACCUACUCCUACCCUGAGCUGCCUGCCCUCAUGAUGUCCAACAUGCUGGGUCAGGACACCCACCUCCUCACGGGGCCUAUGCACUCUAUAAGCAGUGAGAAGCGGGCCUCGGCAGAAAUGAUGAAGCCCAAACCCAAACCUCAAAAGAAGAAGAAGAAGAAGGACCCCAACGAGCCACAGAAACCUGUGUCGGCCUACGCGCUCUUCUUCAGAGACACCCAGGCGGCCAUCAAGGGCCAAAACCCCAAUGCCACCUUUGGGGAUGUCUCCAAGAUUGUGGCCUCCAUGUGGGACAGCCUAGGAGAGGAACAGAAGCAGGGGUACAAGAGGAAAACCGAGGCGGCUAAGAAAGAGUACCUGAAAGCCUUGGCCGCGUACCGAGCCAGUCUGGUUUCCAAGACAUACAAUGACCCUGAACCAAAAAGUGCCCAGCAGACCAGCCAGCCCUCCCACAUGCUGCCCCCGAAGCAGCCGCUGUACAGCGUGCCCCCCCAGCCCUCCUCACCCUAUCUAGGCCCGCCGGGCUCCUUCCCCCUGUCAGACCUCCAGAGCUACGCAGGCCCGCCCCGCCACACCCUGGCCCAGACCCUCAGCCAAUCCCAGAUGCUGCCACCCAGCAUGAGUGCCUCUCCCCCAUCUCCCUUCCAGAUCAGCCCACCUCUGCACCCCCACGCCCAACUCUCCCUGCAUCAGAGCUCCCUGCUCAACCAGCCAAUCCGCAUGCAGCAGUCGCAGCCAAUCAUCUCACACCAAAUGGGGCUCCAGGCGCCUCUGCAUUCCCCUCCUCUCAGCCAACAGGGAUUCUCCCAUAUUCAGGCUGAUUACCAGAACAGUGUCGGGGGCUCACAGUCUCCAGGGGCCCCUAACCCAGGGCACGGCCAGAACCCUGACUGGGACAGCGAGUACUGCAACAGGGACUGUGGACCCAACCACUGCAACAGUGGCAUGGGAGCUCCGGACAAGCCUCUCUACCUCACUUGAAGUUGAAAGACCUCCAAAUGUCAGACUCCAGGGAGCGUUCCACCAUAACAACAACGUCAUCGAUGUAUCUGCUUUUACACCAUUUUGUUUUUCUUUUUUUUUGUGACGGAUUUCGAAAAUCCCAAAGACUGCUACAGUAACUUCACCUAUUUGCCAAGCACUUAGAUCGGCCAGAAGCCUGAGGCACUUCUCUUGCA